ACCCUCCGCGCUGGGCGGUUCUCCACACAAAGGACCCACCCCAAGGCCGCGGGUUCGGUUGCACACAGGCUGCAGUUUCAGUUUGUUUUAUUCACCAUUUUGAGUAGCUGAAGGUAACAUUUUUACAAAAAUCGCGUGUGGAAGACAAAUCGCUCCCCUAAUUCUAGUUGUACGCACUAGCCCGGGCGCGGAGUCGUGCGCCUCCUCGCACCCAUCGGAGUUGCAGAGUGGAAAUAUUUUUGUUUUGCAUUUCCCUUGGCUUCUUCUCCCUUUCUUACAUUCUUAACCUCCACAGUAUUCCUGCAAAAUGUCCAGACCAGUGAGGAACAGGAAAGUGGUGAACUACUCGCAGUUCAACGAGUCUGAUGCCGAAGAGGACUAUGGUGGGGACAAGCCCAAGAAGGUGCGCGCUCCCCCUCGCGAGCCCAAGCACAAGCGCUCAAAGAACUCGCAGGAUGACAGCGAAGAGUCUGACGAGAAGCUCACCAAAUCCAAAAACGACUCCGCAGACGACUUUGGCAGCGAGGAGGAGGACGAAUUCGGGGAGGAGGGAGAAGACGGGGGCAGCGACUAUGAGGCGAAGCGAGGGAAGAAGGGAAAGAAGGUCAAGCCCGAGAAACCCGCCAAGAAGACACCGAAGAGGAAACGGCCCGCAGACGACAGCGACGAGGACCGCGAGGUGAGCCGCAAGGUGCGCACGGUGCGUCAGGCGGCGACCAAGGCGGUGUCCAAACAGAGGGAGAUCCUGCUGGGGGACGCGGGCAGCGAGGACGAGGAGCAGGAGGACCAGGAGGAGGCCUACAACGACCCCAACGAGUCAGGCAGCGACGAGGACUUCAUGGUGGAGGACGACGACGACAGCGACUACGGCCGCUCCAAGAAGAGGAGCAAGAAGGUGAUCCGACGGGGCCGGCCCGAGAAGAAGGAGAAGAAGUCCCCCAAGCCCCGGCUAAAGGCCACCGUGACCCCCAGUCCCCUGAAGGGAAAGGGAAAGGGACGUCCCAGCGCCAAGGCCGUGGAGAAGAGCUCGCCCAAAGAGGAGGAGGAUGAGGAGGAGGAAGAGGAGGAGCCUGAGAGCCCCCUGGAGGAAGAGGAGGAGGAGGAAGAGGAGGUGGUGAAGGCCAAGCCAGCGGAGAAGAAACCGGCCAGCUCCCCGGCCCCCAAGAAGACAAAGGAGGCCCCGGCGCCCGCCGCAGCAGCAGCCGCCGCCACCGGCGACGCAGAGGAUGACGAAGAGGAAGACGAGGAGGAGGACGGGUCGGAAGAAGAGGCGCCCUCCGGAGAAGACUAGAGGAAGCCGACGACUACGCCCUCCAGACCUCCCCCUCCUCCCUUUUCUCAAACCCCUCUCAGCCUGACCCCCCCCCCCCCCCCUUUCCUUCCCUUACGUUUUUGUUUUUGUUCCCUUUUGUGUUGAGGUUUUCCUUUCUUAUUUCGUAACCGUUUUGUGUGUGGUGGCCUGGCUCAAUGGUUUGGACUUCAUGCUACUUUUUGCCCUCUCUCCCUUCUACUAUUACUGGAAAGAAAAAAUACGAAACAAAAAAAUAUUAUCCUGAGUAUGCAAAAAAAAACAACUGACCAUGGUAGCUAAGGACAGUGCGCUCAUGAUACCAUGCUGCGAACGAAACAGGCUUUUUAUUACUCUCUUUUGUAUUUUGUCAAAGCUCCCCGCUCUCCCCCUACCACAGGGCCUCCCCUCUGCCCCUGAUGCCGUUCAGAUGCUGUUACACUUUACACCUCCAUCUUACUAUCGCUAGCGAUCCGUCCUGAGCCGUUGCCUAAGUAAUGCUUGAUUCCACCGGCUUGGGUGUGGCUGUGUGUACGCUUUCUUCUUUUCAAUAUUUGUUCUGGUUAGUUUCUGGCCUUGUUCUGGUUUAACCCGUGAUCUGACACCACUUGGCUUAAGUAAGGCGAGUACGCAGUGCCCUAGACCCGUGUGUGUUUUGCUUUAACACUAUAUUUCUUCUCGCUUACAGAUUCUUCUAUUGUAGGUUCAUGAUAUAAUAUUUUUUUUAGCAGGACCCAUGAAAUUGUUUUAUUUGUUUUAAAUAAAUGAAUUACCGUGGUGAGACCGGUGACUAUUGGGGUCCUUGGUCCCCCCACAUCCCAUGUGAUCUAAGGCUCCCUGGCCCCUCUGCUUGUUGGGUAGAGCGCCAUCUCUUGUGUUAGCCACUAGCUGCUGCUGCUGCUGCAUGUGAAUCAGCAACAUUUGUAGAUUUGUAACGGUUAAAAGUUGUGUGUUAGACGGCGGAGGGGGGAGGGGGAGGUGCGCUGCAGCGGUAUCCACCACGGAUACCCGGCCUAUAUGAAUGUGUGCGUUUUUGAUAUGUGUGAUUUUUCGGGUACGCGUUUUACAAAGUGUUUGUGGAUAGUUUUUUUUUUUUAACGUCGCUUUCGUCCGCUGCUUAGCCAACUUAGUUAAUGUUGUGUGUUUUUAAAAGCCCAACAUACAUUAUCUUGCAUGGCCAAUGCAACUUCUCACCGUUCAUACCUUUGCGCCAGGCAUCCCUGUUCUGUUCUUAUUAUCAAACAUUAACGAGUUUUUAUUUUAUUUUGGUUUAUUUUUGACAGUCCAAAAGAAAAUGAAUGUUUUAUUUUUUCCGCGUACUUUUUAUUUUUGGUUUAUUGUUCUAAUUCUCUUCAGAUUUUUUUUUGUAAUGUUUGUUUUUUAAGAAAAAAAAUAAAAUGUAUCUUGAUUUUAAAGAGAAAACUCGAACCCUAUCCAAUGUGUCUGACUGGAGCUCUCCGGACCGCCCGUCCCUCGCUCUCCUUUCGCUUAUUUCCCUGUUUUAUAUUUUUUUCAUCCAACUCUAAAGGCAGGAGCUGGCAAUGUGCCAUCACACCAGGUCCUUGACAACCAAACGGUUCAUCUAGCCAUGUUUGCAGGUACCGCUGUCAAACGGCCAUCGACCCCAAAAAUCCCCAUUCGGUUUUACAUGGACAUCAUGAUUGCGUGUGUGUAUAUAUUUAUAUUUUGACAACCCAGACAUUGUUAAUUCUAAUGUGGUUCUGAGGUGCAGGAAGGAACUCUUAACUAAAAGGGCAGCUCCGUCUCUACCCCAGAGAUAACUCUUUAAGGGUUUCUCUAUCUUAGUUUUUGCCUUAAAAUCUUGGUUGUCUUUUAUUCAAGUGCAGGGCACAGUAGUUUGCGGUGCUGACAGCGAGCAGCGCUUUAAGAGAUGCUCCAGAAUGUAAUCAGACAUGUUGGAGUAUGAGUAGAUCGUCCAAAGCCAUAGAUGAUCUGGAAAAUGUUGGAUUUGAGGCCAUGUAUAGCUUAUCGGAUAGUCAGUCUUUUUUAUACUGACUAGUAUUUGAGCAGUUAAAAAUAAAUAUCCAAAAGCAAAGCUUCCCAUCAAUUAAAAGUUUCCCAAUGACUGCAAUUUCUGAAAUGUUUCCAACGAAUUUGAAAUACUCGUGUUUUGGUUCCAAAGCACAUUUACAUGUCCCUGCUCCAGUGGGUUAGUGUACUCUCUCUAUUUUACUACCACACACGCCAACUGGCUGAUUGUUGUACCUAGUGUGUCCUCUGGAGGACCCCUGGAACGUACUGGGUGGGGGACGCCAUCAGCUAGGUGUUUUUAUAUCAACUGAGGGCUACAAACACUGGGUGAAAUUGUACGGGGAAAGUAAUGCAUGAAUUGCCCACAUUAUAAACUUAUCAUUGCUUAAAUAUCAAAAUGAUUUUGCAUAGAUUAUUAUAUGAAUCGACGUCAAAGCUUGUUGCUGUUCCAAGUUAUCCAAAUUUCUCUUCAAAGGCAUAGUAUAAGAAAUAAAAAUGAAUUAACAUGAA